AUGGUCCAGCGAAGAUUCUUUCCGAUAGACAAGUCCUGGACUUUUAGGGAGGCUUGCGUGAAUACCUCCAAGUUUCUUCCUGUCUCGCAAUUCCCUACAUGCAUUCACUUGGACCUAAUCCACCAUGGAAUCAUCCAAGAUCCAUUCACUGGGGCUACUGAGAAACAAGUUCAGUGGGUUGGUGAAAGAGCCUGGAUAUACCGUACCGCAUUUGUCGCCCCUCAACUAGGAGAUAAUGAAAAGGCUGUCCUUGCAUUCGACGGGCUUGACACCUACACGUCUGUUCACCUCAACGGGAAAGAAAUCCUCGAGACUAAUAACAUGUUCAUCCCUGAGCGAGUGGAUAUAACAUCUCUUCUUCGUGGAUUUAAUGAUCAAAACAAUGUCCUCGAAAUUACAUUCGAUAGCGCCUUUAUUAGAGGUAAGGAGGAGCAAAAGAAGUAUCCUAAACACCGUUGGGGAUGCUGGAAUGGUGACCCUAGCCGCCUUGCAGUGCGAAAGGCACAGUAUCACUAUGGUUGGGAUUGGGGUCCAGUCCUGUUGACCUGUGGUCCAUGGCGUCCAAUUGUUCUUGAAGUAUACUCAGCUCGUGUUGCGGACCUUUAUUAUACUACAAAGUUCAAAAGCUGUCUGAAGGAGGCUGAAAUCUCAAUCACGGCCGAUGUAGAAGGGCGUGCCUCAGAGGUGAUCUUCAGCUUAUCACUUGAUACCCAAGAGCAAGACGCAGGAAACCAAUUCAUUGUAGCUGCAUCAGUGAAAGACGGAAAGGCCACAGCCACUAUACGUUUAAAAAACCCACAGCUUUGGUAUCCCGCUAGAUAUGGUAGCCAGCCCCUAUAUUCGUUGAGAGCGAAGCUGGUUUAUAACGAUGUGGUCCUCGAUAUACUGUGUAAAAGAAUUGGUCUGCGCAAAUUUGAACUCAUCCAACGAAGCUUAGAAGGGAGCCCAGGAACAACAUUCCUGUUUGAGAUCAACAACGUCCCGGUCUUCUGUGGAGGAAGUAACUGGAUACCCGCUGAUAGCUUCAUCCCUCGAAUUUCCCGACAACGAUACCGCGACUGGCUCAAGCUGGCAGUUGAUGGGAAUCAGACCAUGCUUCGAGUUUGGGGUGGUGGUAUUUACGAGCAAGACGCAUUUUAUGAAGCUUGUGAUGAGUAUGGGCUUCUCGUGUGGCAAGAUUUCAUGUUUGCGUGUGGGAACUACCCUGCCCAUAAGGUGUUUCUAGAGUUGGUAGAACAGGAAGCGGAAGCCAAUGUCAAAAGGCUAAGGCACCACCCUUCUAUUGUCAUUUGGGCUGGUAAUAACGAAGACUAUGCGUACCGCGAGAGCGAGAAACUACAAUAUGACCCUUCUGAUAAAGACCCCCACAGCUGGUUGAAGACUAAUUUUCCUGCACGUUUUAUAUAUGAGAAACUUCUCGUGGAUGUGACAAGGCGACUGACUCCCGAUACAUAUUAUCAUUUUGGCUCUCCUUAUGGUGGGAGCAUCAGCAGCGACCCAACUAUCGGGGACAUCCAUCAAUGGAAUGUCUGGCAUGGUACUCAGGAAAAGUACCAGAACUUUGACAAAUUAAUUGGUCGGUUCGUGUCCGAGUUCGGCAUGCAAGGCCUCCCCAAUAUAGAAACAAUCAAUAGCAUGCUGCCUCGAGGUGAAAAUGACACGGACAGGUAUCCAAACUCCUUUACUCUGGACUAUCACAAUAAGGCAACGGGACAUGAAAGGCGUUUAGCGACUUAUUUAGUUGAAAAUGUUCGGUACACAUUUAGUCCAUUGGAGCAAUACAUACACUGCACCCAGGUAAUGCAGGCAGAAUGUGUGUCAACUGCAUUUCGCUUAUGGAAGCGUCAAUGGAAAGGGAAGAGCAGAGAGUAUUGUGCCGGAGUUCUGGUAUGGCAACUCAACGAUUGUUGGCCCGUUAUAUCGUGGUCAAUUGCAGAUUAUCGCCUGCGCCCAAAGCAUGCAUAUUUUACGAUAAAAAGAGAACUAGCUCCCAUCACUGUUGGGAUAAAGAGAGCAGUUCAACAGGCCGCACUUGAGGGCACUGAUUCGAGCUCCUUCACAAUUGAACUAUGGGUUACCAAUCUCACGCUAGUGCCCAGCGCUCUUAAAGUGCAGCUUCGGGCCUGGGAUAUUAUUAGUGGGAAACAGACAUAUCUAGCAGAUGUGGGGGAAGAGGCUACCUUUCCAGCGAACCAGACGACAGAGUUGGGGAGGUUUGAGAUUCCGGAGGCCGUCCAAGGCUCAAGAAGUUCAUCUCAGACAGUUGUUGCGGCGUACCUCAGCCAAGGUGACCAGCAGAUUUCACGCUUCGUCAACUGGCCGGAGCCAUUGAAAUAUCUCGAUCUACAAAUUCCGCGUGCACUUAAAAUGGAACUUUCGGAGGACAAACGUCUUUUGCAAUUAUCUGCUGAAGUCCCGGUGAAAGGCUUGGCUGUGUUCUCGAGUGCCGAUGAUUUGGUCUUUGAAGAUAAUUGUAUAGACCUCGUCCCUGGAGAGGCUGUCUCAAUUGGUAUCCGCGGGUUAAAAGGCGGCAAGGUAGAGGAUCUUACUCUACGGUACCUGAAGUGA